AUGAAUUCUAUUGAUACAUCGAUUAGUGGUGCUAAACUUAGAUUAAAAACAUAUUUAAUAAAUAAUAAUAUUGAAGGUUUUACUAUUAAGAAUUUUCGUGAACGUUUUCUUAUACCAAGUAAUAAUAACAUAUUUGGUGGUAUUCAAAUGGAAUAUGUUAUGAUCGAUAGUGGUUCUAAUUCUUCUUUGUUUCCAUUACCAAUGACACUAAAUAAUACGUUCGAUAUUAAUAUUUUAUUAAAAAAUUUUCCAUUUGAUAAAUACCAAUGGUCAAUUGGAACAGCAUAUGGUGUUGGUGCCAGAGAUGGGCGAGCCAGCCAAAAAGUCACACCGCCACCGUCCCGUCCCGUCCCGUCCCGUUGA